UUCAAAGAGAAUCAAAUGGGUGAGUGUAGUAGUGCAGAUGAUAAUGGAGCGGAGAAAUGGAUAGAGCAUUAUAGCAGCUCUCAUAAAAUACUUCUGGUGGGUGAGGGAGAUUUCUCUUUUGCUGCAUGCUUAGCAAAAGAAUUUGGCACUGCUGAGAACAUGAUUGCCACCUCUUUUGAUUCCAAAGAGGUAUUGAUGAGUAAAUAUUCGAAUGCCAUGAGCAAUUUGAAAGAAUUGGAGGAGCGGAGAUGCACUGUUUUACAUGAUGUGAAUGCCCAUUCUAUGAUCCUACACCCUCUCCUUCAUUUGAAAUUGUUCGACAGGAUAGUCUUCAAUUUCCCUCAUGCUGGUUUCAUUUGGACUGAAUGUGAAGAGCGCCAAAUUGAACUUCACCGGAAGGUGAUUAGCGGGUUCUUGAGUAAUGCAAAUCACAUGGUGACAGAGAAUGGAGAAGUUCACAUUACCCACAAGACGGCUUACCCUUUCAGAAAGUGGGAGAUAGAGGAGUUGGCAGAGGAGAUUGGGCUGUUUUUGGUUGAGAAAGUGCCAUUUGAAAGAUGGUACUAUCCAGGUUACAUGAACAAGAGAGGAUCUGGUGCUAAAAUCAACCGGACAUUCCGUGUAGGAGAAUGCAGUACUUUCAAAUUCGCUAAGCCAUGCCAUAACAAAUUAUUUUCCCCUUGA